CAGAUCAGUUGCUGAUGUGUUUUGCCUCUGAUCGCUUGUUUACCUGCUUUCCAACUACCUGCGUUUUGUUUCAUCAUGUCAAAGCCGAUCUUGUACUACGAUGAUCGCAGCCCACCAGUGCGCAGCUGUCUUAUGCUAAUAAAGAUGCUUAACAUAGAUGUGGAGUUGCGUUUUGUUGAUUUAUUCAAAGGCGCUCAAUUUCAGCAAGACUUCUUAAAGUUAAAUCCGCAGCACAGCGUGCCAACAUUGGUGCAUGGGGAGCUGGUGCUGACUGACAGUCAUGUGAUAUUGAUACACUUGGUGGAGCAAUUUGAUGCGGAUGGCACACUGUGGCCUCGGGACUACCAAGCACGCAUGAAGGUGCUUAAUCGCCUGUUCUUUGAGUGCUCCAUGCUCUUUCGCCGUGACAGUGAUUUAAUGUCGGAAAUCGUGCGCAAGCAGUAUGCCAAUGUCGAUGUGAGCUACCACAAGCGCAAACUAACAGAGGCGUAUGGUAUGCUGGAGCAGUAUCUGGCGGAGCAGGCAUAUAUGGCUGGCCAACAGCUGACGCUUGCCGAUUUAUCUAUUGUGACCACACUGAGUACAGUGAAUCUCAUAUUUCCCGUGGCGUUGGAGCCGCACAGCUGGCCGCAUUUGGAGCGCUGGCUUACCACAAUGCAGCAACUGGAUGCCUAUGAUGUGAAUCGUAUUGGUCUCAAAAAGCUGCAACAGAUUGUGUCCGAGCUGGGGCAGUUCAAAUUUCCACUUGAUGCGGAGUAAAUACAAAUUGCGGCAUAAUCGGGGAUGCAAAUCGCCCAAAGGCUAAAGCAGGUUUGAGUUAAAAAGUAUUAAAUAAAUCAAUCACAUAAUAAAUGGAAAUGGUUGA